AUGAACUACACUGAGGAAGCGAGACAUGGCUUUUACACCAAAGGUUCCCACUGUGAGAACAUCCUGUUUGCUAGCUUUUACAUCUUGGUCUUUGUGGUCGCCGUGCCUGGCAACACCUUGGCAUUGUGGGUGUUCUGUCGUCAGGCUGACAGCUCACCCUCCAAGCUCUUUCUAAAGCACCUGGCCAUAGCAGAUGUCUCCUACGUGCUGAUCUUGCCCAUGCGGAUGGUCUACCACUUCUCAGACAGCCACUGGCCCUUUGGAGAGGUCCCCUGUCGCCUGGUGGGGUUUCUCUUCUACCUCAACAUGUACUGCAGUCUUUACUUCAUGACCUGCAUCAGCCUGGACCGUCUCUUGGCCCUGGUCCUACCGCUCAGGUCACGGUCAAUGAGGAAGGCUGCAUAUGCCAGAGUGGUAGUGGUAAUCCUGUGGGUCACAGUGACCGUGUCUAUGGCUCCCUUGCUAUUCUCCAAAAAACAAACGAUGAUUCAGGUUGACAACACAACCGUGGUCAUGUGUAACCAGCUGUACUUGGAAAAGACUUCUCCCAAUGCACUGGUGUCAACCAUGGUGGCGUUUAGUAUUCCUCUGGUCACUAUAGUGGUAUCCUAUAUAUUAAUCCUGUUGAAACUGAAGGGCAUCGAGCAACAGGAGGGAAGCUCGAUCAGAGACAAGGCCAUCAGGAUGAUCCUUCUCAUCAUGGUGAACUUCCUGGUUGCUUUUGUGCCCUAUCACUUGAACCGUUUCAUCUACAUUGAGAGACACACUCAUAGCGACAUGGAAACUGCGUCCAUUGAGGCUCUGGCACUAGCCAACCGACAACCAGUGAUCCGGGUCAACAGCAUCAAUGUAACAGUUUAG